AUGCAAGUAUACCAUGAACAACCGUGGAAAGAAUCAUUAUGUGGAUGUUUCAAUGAUGGUUAUACAUGCUGUUAUGGAUUGUGGUGUUGUUGUUGUUUAUAUGGUCAAAAUGCAGCAAAAAUUGAUAGUCAUUCAACAUGUUUAACCCAUACUUGUGUAUAUUGUUUAAUGAGUUUACUUGGCUGUUGUUGUGUUAUUCAUGCAGUUAAACGUGGACAAUUAAGAGAAAAUUAUGGUUUAGAAGAAGAUGUUUGUGGGGAUUGUUUUGUUACAUGUUGUUGUCCAUUAUGUGCUAUUUGUCAAGAAGCUCGUGAGAUGAAAGUUAGAGGGCACCCACCACCACCAAUAAUUAUUAUACAUCAACCUGCUUUGUCUUUAUCAAGUGCAGCUGAUUUCGAUGCAUAUGAUCGAUGA